AUGUUUAAGAAGAAACCAGAAAAAGAAACGGAAUCUGAGGAAGAGAACGAUAAGAGACGAGUGAUAAAUCCGAUGUGCUUCGUAAUGAAUCCCACUGGAAAUACCACCGUUGCAACGAUGGAACGCGACAUGCUGAAGGCCUCAAAAGGACGCAUCCAGUAUGCGAUACGUCACGAUAUGCCUCCAAACUGGCGUAGUCGACUUUCACUAGUGACAACAUUCGAUGGCACGUUCUACUGGCAUACACCGGCACGAGUCGACGUCAAGAUAUUGAAUUUCUACGAAAGUUACACCAAAGAUCCAAAAUAUCGCUCAGUGGUGAAAACGUAUUGUUGUGAUGGCUCGUUCAGAACGUGUCUAACGACUCGAGGCGUGCGAGUAGUGGAACUGGAUUCUGAAAUUCCAAACCUGAAAAUGUAUAUAUUUCAACCUACGAAAGAAGAAUUCACCAGUAAAUUUAUGAAAAAAUUGAAAAGCGAACACGUACAACAUUUCAUUGAUGAACUCCCAUUUGAGAGUGAACAACACAAGGUUACAAUACCACAAUUCGUAAUUGUCUCACCAUUGAGUCUUCGAUCGGUGUUCGAUCAACCGUUCAGUUUGUUUGGCUGGUUUGCUCCGUUCCCGAAAGCCUAUCGAAUAUUUUCACCUCAAAAGGCUCAAUUCUCAAAGAUUAUCGGUAAACCAGAAUAUUUGGGUGCCACCUAUACGUUCCCGUUGAACGAUCACUAUCAUAAAACUAAAUUCUCU